AAGCAUGAUGGGUGAUUGCACCGGCCACCUGCGGGAAAGCGGACGACAAAUCGCUCAUUUAUUUGGAGUCUCGCAUGUCACAACACCUGUGUCGCAGGACGGUGUCGUGGGAUGGCGAUUCAGCAGGUUGUACUAAUCGUGUUCGUGGCCGUUGUGGUGUUCGGCGAUAACCAGUGCUCAGAUCAAUCGGAGUCGAAGGUGGUGGACGUAGAAAACGACGAUGGCCAGAGCGCGGGCGACUCGUCGUCUUGCGGUUGCAAUCAGCUGAAGAGAUCGACCAACUCCGGCGGUGAAAACCACGACGAAAAGGCGAGGCUGGAUUCUGAAAAUGCGGCGUUGAAUCCCACGAGAUCUAAGAACGAUGGUGGCACAGAGCACCCAAGGACAGACCAGAUGGUGCUUGUGCGUGGUGGCCAGUUUGAGAUGGGAACGGACAAGCCUGUUUUUGUGGCUGAUGGCGAGAACCCAGCAAGGCCAGUUGGCGUCAAUGACUUCUACAUUGAUGUACACGAGACCAGCAACGCAGAGUUCGAACGUUUCGUUAAGGCAACUGGUCACAUAACUGAGGCGGAAACCUUUGGUGACUCUUUCGUGCUUGACAGUGCCAUCAGCGAGGAAACCAAAAAAGGAAUUACACAGGCUGUGGCCGCUGCCCCGUGGUGGCUGCCCGUCAAAGGAGCUGACUGGCGGCACCCAGAAGGACCCGACAGCCACAUUCGUGACCGGAUGGAUCAUCCCGUGGUGCACGUGUCAUGGAACGAUGCUGCUGCCUUCUGCAAAUGGUCGGGAAAGCGUCUCCUCACUGAAGCCGAGUGGGAAUAUGCCUGCAGGGCAGGCCUCAAAAGCAGGCUCUUUCCGUGGGGCAACAACUGGGCUCCCAAAGGCGAAACUCGUGCCAACAUCUGGGAAGGCAAGUUUCCAGUCACAAACACGGCGGAAGACGGCUAUGUGGGCACAGCACCUGUGACAGCUUUCCCAGCAACCAAGUUCGGCCUUAAGAACAUCAUAGGCAACGUAUGGGAGUGGACUAGCGACUGGUGGAACACUCGUCAUAUGAGCGAACCGCAGGAUAACCCGAAAGGACCAUCAAGUGGCACUGACAAAGUCAAGAAAGGCGGCUCCUUCAUGUGCCACAAGGCAUACUGCUACCGUUACCGCUGUGCUGCAAGGAGCCAGAACACUCCUGACACCAGCGCCUACAACGUUGGUAUUCGCUGUGGAGCCGAUAAAAUGCCCAAAGACGAGCUUUGACACUUAAGAACCACUCCUGGAAAUGACGACUUUUAGUGUUUGCACGCAUUUCAAAAGCCUGUUAAGCACACAUUUGUUUUUCUGCUUAUUGUUACUCUUCGCUUGAAUAUUUUUUGAACAAGAAGCAAAUGUAGAAGUUUUUGUGCAUGUAAAACAGAUGCCGAAGUUAAAAAAUGAGGGUGUUUUGCUACAUAUAAAUUAUAUUUCCGCAUGAAAGUUUUUGGACUUGCAUAAAUGUACCAGCUCAAAGUUCUGUAUGGCGCAAACUGUAACUGCUGCCCAGUUAAAGACUUCAGUGCCCUUCCAUUUUUGGGGAUGCUUAUUAUUGAGAAACAUUUUCUUAUAGACCUCCAAACAUGUAUGCACAGUCUUAAGUAAUCGGAGUUUCUUAACUGACGUGGUUUUACAGCAGUGAAACGACGCAAAUUUAACAGCUUUGAAGCAUCCUCCAUGUCUCUUGACCUGUGUUUGUGUGUCGUCAAUUUAUCACAGUUAGCUACAGCGUUAGCUUCAGGAUUGCCAUUUUAUUAUCAGUGAGCAACAUUCCAACAUAUUUACGAAAGAAUUCUUUUGUGUAAAGGAAAAACGUUGAUGCUGUUGUACCAUUCAAAGUACCUCAUCCUCUGCUUGUACUUAUUUUUAGGCUGUGAUAAAAAUAACUGCUAGAUAAUAUUGUGCAGGUAUUUCAUUCAGCUGUAUGUUGUUUAACUUAUAGAAUCAUUUUGCUGUAAAGUACGAAUAGAUGGAACAAAUAUUUUACAUUACAAAUACGGGAAUCACCGUACUUUGGUGAUGCUAACCUUCUGAUAAUUGUUUUAAUAAUAAAAGUCUGUAUCAAAGCUUA